GUCCACGACUGUGAUGCUGAGUGAAGUCGACAGCAGAGCUGAACAGCGCUGACUGAGUUUUCCCUGGAGAAACAUGCGUCUCCUCACAGGCCUCCUCUUCCUUCUCUGCUCCUCAUAUUCACCUCCUCUGGUCCAGAGCUCACGCCCGUGUCCACACCUGUGUGCGUGCUAUGAGCACGCCGAGCUGGUGGACUGUGGCGCCCGCGGCUUUGAGCGCGUUCCCAGCGGCCUCCCACACGGCACAUGGCUGCUGGAGCUGGGCAAAAACAACCUGAGCGAGGUUGGUACCAGAGCCUUCACUGGACUGUGGUCACUGCGGGUGCUGGUGCUGACCAACAGCCACAUACAACUCAUACAACCACAGGCAUUUUUCUCUUUGUCCUUCCUGGAAAAGCUGGAUCUCAGCUGGAACCAGUUGACCUCUCUCCCUGCAGACUUCUCCACCAGUCUGCUGGCGCUCAGAGAGCUCAGACUGGAGCACAACAGCUUAUGUUAUAUACCUGCAUACAGCUUUAAGUAUCUGGACAACAUGGAGAAGCUGGACCUCAGUUAUAACCAGCUGGUGUCUCUUGGCUCCGGUGUGUUCAGAGGUCUCUCCAGACUCAGACAACUCUACCUGCAUAACAACAGACUGACUGUGGUGCAGCACGGCAGCCUGGAUAUGCUGCCUGCACUCGAGAUUCUCCAGCUGAGCAACAACAACAUCUCUCUGAUAGACAGCGAUGCUCUGGCUUCUCUCUACAGCUUGGCCAUUCUCACUCUGGAGGGAAACAAUCUGCGUCACCUCAAGUUCAAAACCUUCGUCAGUCUGCACACGACAGCCACACACAUCCAGCUGUCAGGAAACCCAUGGAGCUGUGACUGUGAGCUGCACCGCGUCUUCAGUAAGAUCUUGCACGUUCGCCACCUCCACGUGGACGACUACAGGAACGUGACGUGUCAGGAGCCGCCGCAGCUGAGCGGGGCUUCGCUGGCCUGGCUGGACAGCCAGCUCUGCAUCGCAGAGACGGCCACUGUGCUGGUCAUCACCGUCACCGUGAUGGUCACCGUUGUGGCGGCUUUGGUGAUGGCCGAGAGGAACAGGAAGAGGAACCGGGGAAAGAGCUGGGUCUCUGAGUCCCAGAGUCACACUCACAGCCCACUGUCCUGAGACGAGGAAGCGUGCAGGCUUCAGCAACCACCAACCACCAACCGAUGAGUUUUUAAUACGGACAAUGUAAAUAUGUAAAGCCCUGUUUUUUUGUUUUUUUUGUGAAAUUUAGAGCAGCAGUGGAGAAAUAUCACAUUGUGAGAGGAGACUGCAAUGCGACAAUAACGGACUGUAAAAACGUUAAAUAAUUUAAAAAUCCAUCGCUC